AGUGAGAACCAGCAUGUUGUUUUUCAAGCUUUCCCUCUGCGAUUUUUGAAUUUUUGCUCACUGUAUGUUAUCCUCGACCCCUUCUCUGAUAUCACUAUGCACUACCUAGUUCCCUUUUUGAUAGUUCCCACUGGUACAUGUAUGUAACAGACGAAACCUGUGCUACAUUUUCAUGCUGAUCCUCAAUUUUUGUAGGUUUUGUGUAGCUAGUUUUUGUGUAGAUUUCACAUUCCUAAUCGGCAAUCAGUCCUUUACAACGCUGUCGUAAAAUACUGUACUUAAGUAAUUCAUUAUGUGUGUACAAAAACAACACUAUUGACUUGUUGUUCUCUCAUCGUCUGGGCAUACCAUGCUGACCCGGGAUGAAACCACUAGCCUUGGGCCAUUCUAUCGAGGUGUAUUUGCAUCAUUCGUGUUACGAUUGUGUUUGUGAUACAUACCAGAGUUUUCGUAUUUCCGUCAUCAUUUUGUAGCUCUCUAGUUUACGAAAUGUGAAGUUCAAAGGAUAAGACAGAUUUUGAUAGGCCUAGAGUCUCUCCCGCCAAGCAUGCGUUGACGUUUUCUGAUAUACAGCUGCUUGCUUCAACCCCUCCCAGUCGACGAUUACAACAAGGAACGUUAGCAGGAGCUCAUCGCCAAAAACUAAGCGUGCCGCACGAGCAGAAUAACAAAGUAAAAAAGACGAAAAUAGUUUCUCCUUGACGCGGGCUCAGGGAAAUCGAUCAGUGUAAGACGCAGAGGAAACUGGUUGAGUCGCAAAGACACGAUACGCAAGUGUAAGGUGAGAAAUCAUACAGAAGCUUUGAUCCGCAGCUACUCACUAAUAGGCUCCUACAAUGGAUUGGCAAUACGCGGUGCGGCGUGGGCAGCGAUGCACGGUGAUCCUGCAAGUGAACCAUACAAGGGCCUUCCAGGAUCGGUUGCCGGCUACCUCGCAAGCAAGUGGCUUCAUGAUCCAUCGGUUCGAGGAGGAAGGUCUUGGUUUGCUGCUCACCAACCGACACAGCGCCACGUUGGGUCCGGCAGCCGUAUUUGCCUCCUUUGAAAAGUCCGAAGUAGUGCGCUGUGAAGUCAUCUACUCAGAUCCGUUACAUGACUUCGCGCUCUAUUUCUUCCCCUUGGCAGCGUUACGGGUGACGCGAAUCCGGGAACCGCUAGUGCUGAAUGCAGCGGGGUUGAAGGUGGGAGUGGACGUAAAGAUCGUAGGAAAUGACGACGAAGAACGCAGCCAAAUUCUCAGCGGGACGGUGGCGAAGGUACUGCAUGUCAAUCGACUAGGUUUUAGCUAGGAUUCGUCGUGGCAUAUUGAAUUUGAAUUGUAAAUGCCAUACUAGCAGGCACUGUGUUAGACUUUCUGUUGGUUCUUUGUUUUGAGAACCGCAACGCUUCCUCGGGCUGAACAACUUACUUCUGCUCUGUGCUCGAAUCCACGAGGUAUCCACGAGUAUGCCAUGAUUACUGAGCAUCAUUUUUUUUUCAACUCAAAAAGCAAUAUCACCGGGGAAAGGAAACUACAUUCUGUCAUUAUUUACAUAUUCAGGUGAAUCGCAAUCCUCCUUGCUUGGGAGACUACGACCAGGAUGUGCAUACAUUUUACGCUCUCGCAGCGGCAAAUACUUCGUCCGGGAGCAGCGGAAGUCCGGUACUGAAUGUGGCGGGUGAAGUGAUUGCGCUCAACACUGCCGCUGCCAACAGUGGCGCAGGCAGCUACUACCUGCCGCUGACAAGGGUGGUUGAGGUCGUGGACCAUAUCAAAAGUUUGUAUGAUGCAGAGACAAAGCGUCUCCUCAGGAGUGGGUCAGCCAAUCCAGACGCGCGACCUCAUCUUGAGGAAAGACAGAGCGAAGGCAUACCUCAAUCCUUGGUAAUAUCGAGUGCGGAUGAGAGGAAAGAUGCUGCCGAAACCGUCAAUCAUGGUGUCGCGGAGGACGAGGCACACGAUGACCAUGCAACAUGGCCGUUUAACAAGCGCAGGCGAUUAAACGACAAAAUAGAAUCGCAACAAGGGCCAGAACUUUUGCUGCAACAUGCUGAGCGCCAAAACUCUUCCGGUCGUUUGGGUAACGCAGUAGCUUCAAGUAGUUCGCCACUGUCAAGGCACAAUUAUUGCGGGAAAAGUCUGACUCACAUCGAUGUUCGACGAACGCCUUUAAAGACGCUUCUCCAAGAAAAUCCGCCACAAAGGGGCACUUUGAACUGCAUUUUCAAUUGGGAAGCACUGGAAGAAGCGGCCGUGAACAGUGGGCUGGAUCAGAUCUUGGACGUGGAAUAUCUUAUCAGUGGCAACUCUUGUGCUUCUCCGAGUGAUGAUGUGGGGGAACUCGUGAAUGCGACUAUGUCAUCUAAAAACGCAGCAGCUAGUGGCGGCAGGGCUGCUGGGAAUGUCCCGGAUGUGCUUGCCAGUGGCUCCAUAGCGCGCCAAGUUACAAGCGAAGUAGAUGCUACGGCUGGAGCGCUGAUUGUGGACGAGAUUGUGCCGGAUUCCGUCGCGCAAAGCGUGCUGCAGGCUGGCGACGCGCUUGUACGCCUGAACGGCCAGAAUAUGCUAGAGUUGGGUCAGACCGCCUUCGUGAAGCUGGAGCAAAUGCUGGACGCGCACGUGGGCCAGAGCGUGCGCCUAGACGUGUGUCGAAGCGGGCUGCUCUUGCAGAAUCUGGAAUUACCAGUUGAAGACCUCUUCGCAAUCUGCAUUCCCUUAGCGGUCCUCGAGCUUAGCUUCGGCUGCUUUCACGACGUUUCGCAAGCGGUCGCAAUUCGGCACCACAUUCCAAGGCGCGGCGUCAUGGUCGCGAAGCCGGGACACAUUUUCGAAGCGUUUCUGCCAGCCGGCGUGGUCAUUUACGAGGUAGACGGUGUGCGCUGCGACACGCUGCGAGAGUUCGAGGCGGCGAUGGCGAGAGUGCGCGACGGCGACCGCUUUUUGGUGUCGUUCACGAGUCUAGUAUCCGGUAGCGCCCGGGUCGUCCGGGAAGCGAUGUGCGGUCCAAUGACCCGUGUGUGGCAGGUACCGGUCGUUUGGGAACGACAGGGCCGUUUAGGUGGGAGCGACUGGGCUUGUCGCCGAGCAAGGCUGGACCACAUCGCGGCUGGAGAUGGUGGCAAAGGCGGCAGCUCAUCUCCUGGGGUCGCUGCAAUAGGCGGCUUGAGCAACAAGCAAGGUGCGUCAGUUAUCGGCAGGACAGCGGGAGGAAAAGGAGGUCGUACUGCGGUGGUCGCAUCGCGGAUGAAGAACAAGAGAGGAAAUAGUAGAUUAGAAGCGUUUAUCGAGCAACACGGAUUCGUGUCUGACGAAGAGGGGGAAGACAUCGUUCUGAAGUACUGUGUGCCCCUUCAAGACGGCGCAUUGCUGCCUCCAAGCUCGAAGCACAGCUCUUCAAGAAAGAAAGACAGAAGGCACCCUAGUGGCAGUUCUGAGGACGCAGAAAGUAGCAGUGAUGACGCUAGUAGCGAAGUAUCCGAAUCAGUAUCAGAGAGUGCCGACGACAAUAGUGAUGAGCGAGACGGUAGCGCAGGCGACGGGACAAGCAGUUGGUUGGAAGAUGCAAGACGAAAUGGAAAUGAAACGGAGGACGAGACGCAACCACCGCUCACAGCCGAGGAAAGUCACUGGCUCGAAUUGGCCUUCAAGCACACACUUGCGCUGGUAGACUUCCAGAUGCUUCCGGAGUUCGCAAUAGGAUGUACUGAAGGUUCCUGCCCGCAUCGCCGCGGCGUCGGGGUGAUUGUUCCACCAGGAAACAUGGUUCUGUGUGCGCGAACGGUAGUGCCCCAGGCUCUGGCAACUGUGAAGCUGACUUUUACCGCUGGCCGCGACGAGCGGAACUCGGCUUCGGGGGCCAGUUCAGGAAAAACGGGGCCGAUGAAGAAAAUGGCAUCGCGACCGCAGGCUGCACCACGCGGAGGCAAGCUAGCUCGCAGCCGGAUCUGCGGUGGCAGGGGAGGCGGAAAGAACAAAGCAACCCGGAAAAUCGGUAAGGCACAACAAUUAGCUCCGGUAGGCGCGAAGGCAAAGCAGAACUUCAGUCGUGCGAAAGUUGGUCAGCCGCGGAAAAACAGCGGGCCGACCGCGGAGAAACCGCAACCGCCCAAAUUUGUAGCGGUCAAUGGAUGUGUAGUUUUCGUGCAUCCCACUCAAAACUUCACGCUCAUUCGUUUCGACCCGUUGUUGGUGGGCCCAGGACAUUGCAAGCCUGCGCUGUUUCAAAUCGGCGAGUGGUCGGAGACGCGGCUGGUAGAGGAGGUGACUGAGUACUACACGACGCUGCAUCAAAGAGGCAUCGCAAAUAGUAUCCAGGCGGCGUUGGAAAAUAGCAUGAGUACGCAAACAAGCCAAAGAGGUGCCAUCAAAAGCGCGGCCGGACCCGUUGUUUCAGCGACACCCGCCUCUUCCGAGACCAGUUCGAAAACGUGCUCCACUGGAAAGAAGCUGGGGAGCUCGAAGGCCGCGAGUUUCGAGGACUACCAACAUGUUGUUUCGCGGCCUCUCGAGCGAGCGUGGGACACGCCGGACGCGCGGCGGAUCUUAUUUCGCGACGACGUCGUCCUCGUGGGGCUUAAUGACAAGCUGCAGCCUAUUGUGACGCAAAGCGCGAAGUUUUCGUGCGAAGAGAGCAUUGCUGAGAGCCAGUACCAGCACCCUCCGCGAUGGGAAGCAAGUAACAUGACGGCUGCCCAACUGGAAAAUAUCGAUCAUGACAUUCUUGGUGGCGUACUGGUGUCGCUGUCGCAGUUCCGGCAGACUCUUAGGGCGUGCCGAACCGUGGCAAUGGAAGACCGGCUGCGCGCAGCGCUCCUUGUUGCGGCUCAGUUUCCCGCGGAAGCAAAAAAUCCGUUCCGUGGCGGGAAGCAACGAAGCGCCGCUGCCUCUAGCUUUCCCGGUGGCUCCCUAAUGGAAUCGGAGGUGUCCGCGGACCGUAGCGUUUUGCCGCCACCGAUGGUCUGCGCGAUGCUCGUCCCGGUUCCCGAACUAGACGAAGCGAAGGAGCUCGAUGCAGCGCCUCCGGAGGAUGGGGAGGACGCGGAGGAAAGCGAGGAAGGCAGUGGUGCCCGGAGCUUGUCCAAGACAGGAUUCCCAGAAGCUGUAGUGUGCAGUUGUCUUGCGAUACCGUGCGCCCAAUUCCAUAAUUGGAUUAUGGCCCCGACGACGGAAGAAGCUUCGGCAGCCGAUAGUUACAACGGUAGCUACACCUCCUCUCGGGGUUCGAAUGUACAACUAAGUGUUAGCAACCGGAAUGCUGCGAGCGGGUCAAAUCUUGGCAAACCGAUGUUGCGUCUAGCUGUGUCCUCGGCUGCCUCACCCGCUUUGCCGAUCGUCAGUUCUCCGUCAUUGGGCGAUGAUAAAGAUCGCAGUCCUUCUAUAGGUUCCACAACUGCGGGUCCCUCUAUGUCAGGUUCGAUCGUGUCGCUGUUAUCAGACACCGUUAGGUCUCCCGGCGAGUCGCCACGAGGCCCUGGCCUUACCGCGCAACAGCUCCAUGGAACGGGGGUGGGGUCUUUUCGCUUCGCACUGGGAACCCUUCGCAAUGAGCAAGCAGUUGCGGCAUGCGCUUUCGGCACGCGAUUUUGUGUCCCAGUGCUCGACGCUGGUCUGGCCACGUUUGAUCCAAAAGCCUUGGAGUCCUGGCCUUCUCGGUUGAAGCCACCGCAAGCCUUUCUUCGAAAAAUCGCAGGGCAAGGUGUCGCAGCACUGAAAGUCGCACGUGCCGGUACGGUGUCUCCGGCUUGUUCUCUUCCCGCAAAGAAGAAUUUCGGAGGGCCAACUACGUCUCAGGGGAACAGUCAGAGUGACAGCAAUUUUCCCGCAAGUCUCGCAGACUGCAACAGCCGUCGGCCAGCGCUCACAAAUUUCGGCACUCUUGCCGCGGCGUUGGAUUCAUGCAGUGAGAACAGUCGUGGGAAUAGCACAAGAGAUAGCACAGCCGACGCUCUAUCGCCCGCGCAGCGCACUGAUAUCCUCGCGAAACUGCGCGGCCGCAAUCUGCGCUGCGUGACGGAUAUUGAGCGUGCUCUGUGGACGACACGGCGCAAAACGCUGGAGCAGAAGGGGCUUGCGGUGCAGAUCUAUCGCAGGGGCGAGCCGCGGCGGGCCUGUCUUCUACCGCGGUUCCGCUUGUCUGAUGGCGGUCACCGAAUGGUCCUUUUUCAUGGUCUACUGGUGGUCGAUUUGCCUGCGUACGUUCCAGUGUCAGGGACGCAGCAGGGCUGUCUUUACAUUGUGCGCACCCGCGCCGGAUCGCCGGCGGACUGUGCGCUUGGCAAGGUCGGCGACAUGUUCCUCGCGCAGGUAAACGGCGUCACUACGCGCACGCUCGAUGACCUGCGCGUUGCCGCUUCGAUUUUCGCAUCGAGCGACACGGGAUCGCCCAGAUUGCAGCCGCAAAACUCUUUGCUUGAUAGUCGUGUUUCGCAGUUCGCCCAAAAACCAGAAGAUGCACCGUCCUCCAGCUUUUCGUUGCAAAAGAGAUCCCAGCAGAGGAAUUUUUCUGAAAGCUUCAUCAAGCCUGCGGCAGAAGAUUCUCAGUCACAACCGGUUGUUCGAUUUGCAGAUGACAGAAGCAAUUCCAAAUCCUACACCCUGGGUGCACGCGAGAAACGGUCCCAGGCCGUCGUGCGGCUGCUCUUGCGCGACAUGGACGGCAGGCAGAGAAUGGCGGUGGUACGUCGUGACCCGAUGUUUUGGCCCUGUCUCGAGUACUCGAUGACCGACAGCGGCUGCCCACAAAUAGAAGUGUGGGAAGAAACUUGCUAAAAGGCGAAUCAGUCGAAUAUAAAACAAAAAUUGCAACGAAGUAAUCAUUAUAGUUGAAAAGCACCAAGUUGCAAUUUUUGUUUUCCCCUUAACAUAGUAUGAGGCUGUGCUGCAAAUCUUGAUUGGCUUUUGCCCGUAAAACGGCGAAGGUUUAGGUCCAGCGACGCUCAAAGCACAAAAUAAAACAACCGGUUAGUUUUUACCUCUACAAAAUUAGGCUUAUCCCGUGCAACAUUAUAGUCGAAAAGCACCAAGUAAAACAACCGGUUAAUAGUUUUCCCUCUUCCUGUAAGCUUAUCCCUUCAUGCAAUUGAAAAGCACCAAGUCCAAGACAACCGCAGAACAUGAAGAUUACCCCAGAUGACGACGGGUGCAAAGGCGCACUGACCUGACGUGGCACUGCGACAGCCGCUUCGCCCUUUCUUCCUGAUAUCCCCUUUUUGCAUGCGAUACCUAGUGAAUAUCAGCAUAGAUGUGUAAAAAUUAACGUGAUUGAGUGUGUGUGUAGGUGUAGUACUUAUUUUGAUGGUUAGGUAUUGCAGAUGAUGAAACAUGUAUGAUAUUCGAAGCAUUAGCAUGUACAUUAUUGGUUGUCUUUUGACCUGAUUGUUAUUUCGUAGCUAUCAUGUUGCUCUAUUGAAAUGCGACUGAUAGAAAUCGACAGGAGAGGUAAAAUCUUCUCGAGUUGAACUGUUUUUGAGCGCACAGACUCUUCGUGACGCUGAUCCUUCGUAGAUAGCAACAUCAAUAGCAUGUCGAGUUACUCAUCUGUAGUACGUUCUUUAGUGUUGAGCCAUCCGUAGAAUAACGGUUCUCUUAACAAGGUUGUCGCGGGCAUAGAGAAUAUUUGUCCUAGUCCUAGAGUAAAAAAUGUAGACUCGAUAGCCGCGUGUCGCGGUGGGCGCUAUUGGGUUACUUUGACGCGACUCCGUGGCUUCAUAGAGAAAGGAAUCUGCUAGUUGCGCAUUCCAAAACGUAGGUUCAAUAAUACUCUAUGUGUCCAUGUUUUCUUCACACAACGAACCGCUCGCUCUCUUCGCACUUGGGCAUUUUUACGGUAUGCAGUUGUCGCACACCUGUGUUAGCAUCUUAGGGAGAAGGAU